GUACUGUCAUUCCAGAUGUUUCAGAUGAGGAAACAUACAGAGAUAAAACCGAUUUGUCCGUGGUCACUUUAGUAGCAAAAGCGACUAUAACUCUCACAAUUUUCAAGUCUGCUUGUGGUUUAUAUACUGUGUGGGAUGGGAAUAACAUUCCUUGUUUGAUGGAAGAAGUUUUUGACCAUGUGGUAAGAAGGGUUGUGGUACAAAGCUCUGGGAAAACUCUUCAGAUAUUUAACAUUGAAAUGAAAAGCAAAAUGAAGGCCCAUACCAUGACUGAUGAUGUUACCUUUUGGAAAUGGAUCUCUUUGAAUACGGUUGCUCUUGUUACGGAUAAUGCAGUUUAUCAUUGGAGUAUGGAAGGAGAGUCUCAGCCAGUGAAAAUGUUUGAUCGCCAUUCUAGCCUCGCAGGAUGCCAGAUUAUCAAUUAUCGUACAGAUGCAAAACAAAAGUGGUUACUUUUGACUGGCAUAUCUGCACAGCAAAAUCGUGUGGUGGGAGCUAUGCAGCUAUAUUCUGUAGAUAGGAAAGUGUCUCAGCCCAUCGAAGGACAUGCAGCUAGUUUUGCCCAGUUUAAGAUGGAAGGAAAUGCGGAAGAAUCAACGUUAUUUUGUUUUGCAGUACGGGGUCAAGCUGGAGGAAAGUUACAUAUCAUUGAAGUUGGCACACCACCUACUGGGAACCAGCCCUUUCCAAAGAAGGCAGUGGAUGUUUUCUUUCCUCCAGAAGCACAAAAUGACUUUCCUGUUGCAAUGCAGAUCAGUGAAAAGCAUGAUGUGGUUUUCUUGAUUACUAAGUAUGGUUAUAUCCACCUCUAUGAUCUUGAGACUGGGACCUGCAUCUACAUGAAUAGAAUCAGUGGAGAAACAAUCUUUGUUACUGCACCUCAUGAAGCCACAGCUGGAAUAAUUGGAGUAAACAGAAAGGGACAAGUUCUAUCAGUGUGUGUGGAAGAAGAAAACAUAAUUCCUUAUAUCACCAAUGUCCUACAAAAUCCCGAUUUGGCUCUGAGAAUGGCUGUACGUAACAACUUAGCCGGUGCUGAAGAACUCUUUGCCCGGAAAUUUAAUGCUCUUUUUGCCCAGGGAAAUUACUCAGAGGCAGCAAAGGUGGCUGCUAAUGCACCAAAGGGAAUCCUUCGUACUCCAGACACCAUCCGUCGGUUUCAGAGCGUACCAGCCCAGCCAGGUCAAACUUCUCCUCUACUUCAAUACUUUGGAAUCCUUUUGGACCAGGGCCAGCUGAACAAAUAUGAAUCUUUAGAGCUGUGUAGGCCUGUACUUCAGCAAGGGCGGAAACAGCUUUUGGAGAAGUGGUUAAAAGAAGAUAAGCUGGAAUGUUCUGAAGAACUGGGUGAUCUUGUGAAAUCUGUGGACCCUACACUGGCACUUAGUGUGUACCUACGGGCUAAUGUCCCAAAUAAAGUCAUUCAGUGCUUUGCAGAAACAGGUCAAGUCCAGAAGAUUGUUUUAUAUGCUAAAAAAGUUGGAUAUACUCCAGACUGGAUCUUUUUGCUGAGAAAUGUAAUGCGUAUCAGUCCAGAUCAAGGACAGCAGUUUGCACAAAUGUUAGUUCAGGAUGAAGAGCCUCUUGCUGAUAUCACACAGAUUGUGGACGUCUUUAUGGAAUACAACCUAAUUCAGCAAUGUACUGCAUUCUUGCUUGAUGCUCUGAAGAAUAAUCGCCCAUCUGAAGGUCCUCUACAGACGCGGUUGCUUGAGAUGAACCUUAUGCAUGCACCUCAAGUUGCAGAUGCUAUUCUAGGGAAUCAGAUGUUCACGCAUUAUGACCGGGCUCAUAUCGCUCAGCUAUGUGAAAAGGCUGGCCUCCUGCAGCGUGCAUUAGAACACUUCACUGAUUUAUAUGAUAUAAAGCGUGCAGUUGUUCACACCCAUCUUCUUAACCCUGAGUGGUUAGUGAAUUACUUUGGGUCCUUAUCAGUAGAGGACUCCCUAGAAUGUCUGAGAGCCAUGCUGUCUGCCAAUAUUCGUCAGAAUCUGCAGAUCUGUGUUCAAGUGGCUUCUAAGUAUCAUGAACAACUGUCAACUCAGUCUCUGAUUGAACUUUUUGAAUCUUUCAAGAGUUUUGAAGGUCUCUUUUAUUUUCUGGGAUCCAUUGUUAACUUUAGUCAGGAUCCAGAUGUGCACUUUAAAUAUAUUCAGGCAGCUUGCAAGACUGGGCAGAUCAAAGAAGUAGAGAGAAUCUGCAGAGAAAGCAACUGCUAUGAUCCUGAGCGAGUCAAGAAUUUUCUCAAGGAAGCAAAAUUAACAGAUCAGUUACCCCUUAUCAUUGUAUGUGAUCGAUUUGACUUCGUCCAUGAUUUGGUGCUCUAUUUAUAUAGAAAUAAUCUUCAAAAGUAUAUAGAGAUAUAUGUGCAAAAGGUGAAUCCUAGUCGACUUCCUGUGGUUAUUGGAGGAUUACUUGAUGUUGACUGCUCGGAAGAUGUCAUUAAAAACUUGAUUCUUGUUGUAAGAGGUCAAUUCUCUACUGAUGAGCUUGUUGCUGAGGUUGAAAAAAGAAACAGAUUGAAACUGCUUCUGCCUUGGCUGGAGGCCAGAAUUCAUGAGGGCUGUGAAGAGCCCGCUACUCACAAUGCAUUAGCCAAAAUCUACAUAGACAGUAAUAACAACCCAGAGAGAUUUCUUCGUGAAAAUCCCUAUUAUGACAGUCGUGUUGUUGGAAAGUAUUGUGAGAAGAGAGAUCCACAUCUGGCCUGUGUUGCUUAUGAACGUGGCCAGUGUGAUCUGGAACUUAUUAAUGUUUGUAACGAGAAUUCCCUCUUCAAAAGUCUUUCCCGCUACCUGGUACGCCGAAAGGAUCCAGAAUUGUGGGGUAGCGUGCUACUGGAAAGCAAUCCUUACAGGAGACCCCUAAUUGACCAGGUUGUACAGACAGCCUUGUCUGAGACUCAGGACCCUGAAGAAGUGUCAGUAACUGUCAAGGCUUUUAUGACUGCAGAUCUUCCUAAUGAACUCAUUGAACUGUUGGAGAAAAUUGUCCUUGACAACUCUGUAUUCAGUGAACACAGGAAUCUGCAAAACCUCCUCAUCCUCACUGCAAUUAAGGCUGAUCGUACACGUGUUAUGGAGUAUAUUAACCGCCUGGAUAAUUAUGAUGCCCCAGAUAUUGCCAAUAUCGCCAUCAGCAAUGAGCUGUUUGAAGAAGCAUUUGCCAUUUUCCGGAAAUUUGAUGUCAAUACUUCAGCAGUACAGGUCUUGAUUGAACAUAUUGGAAACUUGGAUCGGGCAUAUGAGUUUGCUGAACGCUGUAAUGAACCUGCAGUCUGGAGUCAACUUGCAAAAGCUCAGUUGCAGAAAGGAAUGGUGAAAGAAGCCAUUGAUUCUUAUAUCAAAGCAGAUGAUCCAUCAUCCUACAUGGAAGUUGUUCAGGCUGCCAAUACUAGUGGAAAUUGGGAAGAACUGGUGAAGUACUUGCAGAUGGCCCGUAAGAAGGCUCGAGAGUCUUACGUGGAGACAGAAUUGAUAUUUGCACUGGCUAAAACAAACCGCCUUGCAGAGUUAGAAGAGUUCAUCAAUGGGCCAAAUAAUGCUCAUAUCCAACAAGUUGGUGACCGUUGUUAUGAUGAAAAAAUGUAUGAUGCUGCCAAGUUGUUGUACAAUAAUGUUUCCAAUUUUGGGCGCCUGGCAUCUACCCUGGUUCACCUGGGUGAAUAUCAGGCUGCUGUUGAUGGAGCCAGGAAAGCUAACAGUACUCGAACAUGGAAAGAGGUCUGCUUCGCCUGUGUAGAUGGCAAAGAGUUCCGUCUUGCUCAGAUGUGCGGGCUUCAUAUUGUAGUACAUGCAGAUGAAUUAGAGGAACUUAUCAACUACUACCAGGAUCGUGGAUAUUUUGAAGAACUGAUAACCAUGCUGGAAGCAGCAUUGGGACUUGAGCGAGCUCACAUGGGAAUGUUUACCGAAUUGGCUAUUCUGUAUUCUAAAUUUAAGCCACAGAAAAUGAGGGAGCACCUUGAGCUUUUCUGGUCCAGAGUGAAUAUUCCUAAGGUGCUAAGAGCUGCAGAACAAGCUCAUCUUUGGGCAGAACUGGUGUUUUUGUAUGACAAGUAUGAAGAAUAUGAUAAUGCCAUAAUUACCAUGAUGAGUCAUCCAACUGAUGCAUGGAAAGAAGGGCAAUUCAAAGAUAUCAUUACCAAGGUUGCCAAUGUGGAACUAUACUACAGAGCAAUACAGUUCUACUUAGAAUUCAAGCCUCUGUUGUUAAAUGAUUUGCUGAUGGUGCUGUCUCCACGGUUGGAUCACACUCGUGCAGUCAAUUAUUUCAGCAAGGUAAUAAAACACGAACUCAUUGAGUUCAGAAGAAUUGCUGCUUACCUCUUCAAAGGCAACAAUCGCUGGAAACAGAGUGUAGAGCUGUGCAAGAAAGACAGCCUUUACAAGGAUGCAAUGCAGUAUGCCUCUGAAUCUAAAGAUACCGAGUUGGCUGAAGAACUCCUACAGUGGUUUUUGCAGGAAGAAAAAAGAGAGUGCUUCGGAGCUUGUCUUUUUACCUGUUAUGAUCUUUUAAGGCCAGAUGUUGUCCUGGAAACUGCAUGGAGGCACAAUAUCAUGGAUUUUGCCAUGCCCUAUUUCAUCCAGGUCAUGAAAGAAUACUUGACAAAGGUGGAUAAAUUAGAUGCUUCAGAAUCGCUGAGAAAAGAAGAAGAACAAGCUACAGAGACACAACCCAUUGUAUAUGGUCAGCCCCAGUUGAUGCUGACAGCAGGACCCAGUGUUGCAGUCCCUCCCCAGGCACCGUUUGGUUAUGGUUAUACCGCACCACCCUAUGGGCAGCCACAGCCUGGCUUUGGGUACAGCAUGUGAGAUGGAAAGUUGAUCCUGUAGUCACCUAUUUUCGUACUGAAACAUUGUCUCUACCCACUUCUCAGUUUGUAACCGGGAGAAACAAGCAACGUGUUCUUGUUACCUUUAUUUCAUGAAGGACUACUUUUUGUUUCUAACUAUAAACUUGGAUCACCUAUGUUAAAACUUUGUUUCACAUUCCACAUCAUUUUAGAAUUUAUUUUCGAAGGGGAGUAGUUUCAAUGUUUUAUUCACUUGAGCUUUUUUUCUUCUCCCUCAUUCUUUGAAGAACAGCUUAAUAUUCAGUCUGUUGAGAAAAACCUGAUUUGCACUCUGUAGUGUUUAAUGAAACAAAGAAACUCUAACAUUGAAUCUCUUAAAUUUAGUGUAUGUAAACAGCUUACAAUAUGUAUUGUCUAAAUGCAUUUAAAUCUCUUUUAUUCAAAGAAAAGCUAAAGCAAAAAUACUGAUCUAAGUGACCACGUAGGACUGUCAAUGCCAACAAAGACAACACUAAUCAGCAUAUCCUACAUUGGAUUGCAGAGCUCUCCAAAUUAUUUGAAAACUUGCCUGAUUUUUAAAUGAGCAUAAAAGGCCCUCUAACCUAUGCAGGUUUCCCCAUUAUGCAUAUAGAAAAUGCUAGUGUGUUUUGCUCACUUCAUAUGUAACAGGUUCCCUUAUGUUGUGCUGUAUCCUGUGCUUUUUCUGUGGGACCAUUCCAUCCAGGAACAAAGCACCAUGAUUCCAAUCUUGUGUGUAUUUACUAACCCUUCCCUGAGGUUUGUGUAUGUUGGAUAUUGUGGUGUUUUAGAUCACUGAGUGUACAGAAGAGAGAGAAUUCAAACACAAUAUUGCUGUUCAGUUUUGUUUGUGGAAUUUGAGAUUACUCAAGUAUAAAAUAAAUUACUGGACUGUGGAAAUAACAUGUACAAUUGCAGUUUUAAUUAAUUACUUCUCAAACCAAAAGAACAAUAGUUUUGGUAUUUUCAUAUUAGAUACUGAGGCAGUACAGGGAGGCAUGAGAGGAAAAGGAAUAAGGAUUGGGACAUGUGAAGACACUGCAUUAUAUCAUGUGCAUUACUGUAGUUAAUAAGGUAUGCACAGUAGUCUAAAAAACCAGUUACUACUGUAGUGGGCUACAUUUCAUCUAUCUCCAACAUUUUAACCAACUGGUACUUCAGGUUUUUAAGCAUUUCACUUAAAUGAACAAAUCAUGGAUGUUAAGUUAUAUUAACUUGAAAUAAAAUGUACUUAUACGUGUAGUUAA